UUGGCCCUCAGAGAACAGAGGUGCCGACGGGCGACAAACACGUCCUCCCCCUCGGCGGCACGGCCACGCCAGGUGUGGGAUCCCCCAGCACCUCCCUGCGCUGCCCUCCACUGCCGGGGCCACAGACCCCUCAUCCUCGUGGGCAGCCAGGGCAGAGGAGCGAUGGUGGCACGGGAGGGACCUGUUUUGCUCUUUCCUGCAUCACCACCCCCUCCGCCGUGUUGUGUUUCUCUGUCCUGGGCUCCCGACACAUUGCAGGCUGCGCCCGCCGGUUCUCAGUGCUCUCAGCUCCGCGCUGGGCCGUCCAGGGCGGGGUCCUUCCUGCCUCUUCCAGCUUCUGGUGUUGCCGGCAGUCCUAGGCUUACAGACCCACUCUCCAGUCUCUGCCUCAUCUUCACGUCCCCCCUCCCUCUGUGUACCGGUGUCUCUGUCUCUUCUGAGAACACCAGGCCUUAGAUUUAGGGCCACCCUGCUCCAGUAUGACCUCGUCUCAACUUGAUAAUAUGUGCAAAACCCCUAUUUCUAAUUAAGGUCACAUCGCAAGUAUCAGGGUUCGGGACUUCAGCAUAUCCUUUUGGGGGACACAGUUCAACCUACAGCAGAUCCCUUGUAGAAAGAGGGACAUUCCUGGGACAUUCCCACGGCCUGGUUCUGGGGUUGGGUCGUGGUCUGAUGGGGGAAUAGCCUUGUGUGCGGGGAAUGGGGCUGGCAGGACGACAGGCUCUCAGUGUCGGGGGACAGAUGCUCUUUAUUCUGUGCUGUCAACGUUCCUGUCCUUUGGUGACCGCUGAGAAACGGCUCUCAGCACGUGGCGGUGUCCAUGGUCGGGCUUUCGCUCCCCGGCCUCUUCCCACCCACGGAGCCGGACGGACGAACUGAGCCCCAGACGUGGUGCCGCUAGCAGGUUCCAGCACGUUGCAGAGAUGCGGCGAACCCUGACACCCGCCAACUCCCCCGUGUCCUCCCCCAGCAAGCACGGGGACCGCUUCAUCCCCUCCAGAGCCGGCGCCAACUGGAGCGUGAAUUUCCACAGGAUCAACGAAAAUGAGAAAUCUCCCAGCCAAAACCGGAAAGCCAAGGAUGCCACCUCAGACAACGGCAAAGACGGCCUGGCCUACUCGGCUCUGCUGAAGAACGAACUGCUCGGUGCCGGCAUCGAGAAGGUGCAGGACCCGCAGACGGAGGACCGCAGGCUGCAGCCCUCCACGCCUGAGAGGAAGGGCCUCUUCACGUAUUCCCUCAGCGCCAAGCGCUCCAGCCCCGACGAUGGCAAUGACGUGUCUCCCUACUCCCUGUCCCCCGUCAGCAACAAAAGUCAGAAGUUACUGCGGUCACCACGGAAACCCACCCGCAAGAUCUCUAAGAUCCCCUUCAAGGUCCUGGACGCGCCCGAGCUGCAGGACGACUUCUACCUGAACCUGGUGGACUGGUCAUCCCUCAACGUGCUCAGCGUGGGGCUGGGGACCUGCGUGUACCUGUGGAGCGCCUGCACCAGCCAGGUGACCCGGCUCUGUGACCUCUCCGUGGAAGGGGACUCGGUGACCUCCGUGGGCUGGUCUGAGAGGGGGAACCUGGUGGCCGUCGGCACACACAAGGGCUUCGUGCAGAUCUGGGAUGCGGCCGCAGGGAAGAAGCUGUCCAUGCUGGAAGGCCACACGGCGCGCGUUGGGGCGCUGGCCUGGAACGCCGACCAGCUCUCGUCCGGGAGCCGGGACCGCAUGAUCCUGCAGAGGGACAUCCGCACGCCACCCUUGCAGUCAGAGCGGCGGCUGCAGGGCCACCGGCAGGAGGUGUGUGGGCUCAAGUGGUCCACGGACCACCAGCUGCUCGCCUCAGGGGGCAACGACAACAAGCUGCUGGUCUGGAACCACUCAAGCCUGAGCCCCGUGCAGCAGUACACAGAGCACCUGGCGGCCGUGAAGGCCAUCGCCUGGUCCCCGCACCAGCAUGGGCUGCUGGCGUCCGGCGGCGGCACAGCCGACCGCUGCAUCCGCUUCUGGAACACACUCACGGGGCAGCCGCUGCAGUGCAUCGACACCGGCUCCCAGGUGUGCAACCUCGCCUGGUCCAAGCACGCCAAUGAGCUGGUGAGCACGCACGGCUACUCGCAGAACCAGAUCCUCGUCUGGAAAUACCCAUCCCUGACACAGGUGGCCAAGCUGACCGGGCACUCCUACCGGGUCCUCUACCUGGCCAUGUCCCCUGACGGAGAGGCCAUAGUCACUGGUGCUGGAGAUGAAACCCUGAGGUUCUGGAAUGUCUUUAGCAAAACCCGUUCAACAAAGGUAAAGUGGGAAUCCGUGUCCGUCCUCAACCUCUUCACCAGGAUCCGGUAAACCCGUGGCCGUGCCGUCCUGGUCGCAGAGCGCCACCUCUCAGCGUGCAUGGACCCUCCCCUCCCCCGAACACGGGCCCCAGAGGAAGACAGGCAGCCAGGGUGGGGCGGGAGCCGGGCCUGGAGAGACCCUGAAGGUUCUAUUAAAGCCUGAUUGUGAA